UUGUGUCUCGUUCUUUGAUUCUUUGUGUGAAUGUACGAUCGAUUCAUAGCAAUGUAGCGCUUUACAAGUUUAUCGAAACGUGACGGCCGCCUAUGGGAAAAUUUUGGUCAGUUUUGAACAGCGGUAAAAUUCCCGCUGUUCAAAGUUCCGCUGACGGUAGAGACAAAAAAAUUAUAAUUUCAGCUCGAACCCAUUCUUUGGUGGCAAUCGGUGGGUUGUACGGUGAAACAACUCGUAUAGGACUCAUUUCAAUACAAUAAACGUGUACCAAAUGACAGAAGUCGAUUUUACAUUGACAACAACGCCAAUCUAACUCUGGCCAAAUUGCCUAUAUCAGAAAUGUCACCAGCCGAUCUGUGUGUGGAAAAAAGCGGAUUCGUUUUGAAUGCACACGUUUAACCGUCAACCAGGUUCAAGCCCAUGUUGUGCCCACGUCGUUCGAAGUCGCUGGAGAUGACAAAAGUUGAUUGAACAAUGUCAUCACAUAAUUCCGGUUGGCCGGCCGGCGUUGAGACAUGAACAGACAUGGCUCAGGACAAGUGGGAUAAGUGAGGUUCUCAACAGGUUCUGCGCCUUAAGAGGAUCAAGGAUUGACUUGGGAUUAUCACCAGAUUAGACGGACUAAAAUUUAAACACUUUCGUUUGCCUGCAAGCUCCGAACUCACAUGUUCUGGGCCAGAAAACUACAGGAAGCGAAAAAAAUUUAUACCAGAUCCGAGUACAAAGCAUUUUUCUGCUGUUGCCGCUGCCAGUUAACUCGCCGCGGUAACGUCUGGCUUCACCGCUGCAGCCAAACAGAGGUCAAGAACACGAAGCCGAUACCGGCCAUUCUAUACAAGUGGAUAAUCCCUUGUAGUUGGAAUAGCGUUGUACGUUGCUGAGGGAUUUUAGAGCAAUAUGAUGCAAAAGGAAAAUGCAUUGAGAAAAGCUUCAAAUACGCACGUCGAAGACGGAAAACCUUUGACAGUGAUCAUGCACGGGAACCUGGUACGCCUCACGGUUUUGCUCGUCCGUCAGGGGGUCGUCCAUAUUGAGUUUAGGCCGCCCAGCUCCUCGGCAUGAAAAGCUAAGGAAACUGAAAAGGUCAAUGCUGUUGGUCAGAUAAAUACCUGUAACUCUCUAAUGAUUACACAAUGCGUGCAGUGAGAUCAGGGAGGCGCAAUGGUCCAAUACCACAUUCAGUGUCUUCCCUUCAAGAUAAGAGCCUCCAUCCAUAGACAACUCAGGGAAUCGAAGCACCCUUCACCGUUGAAAAGGACCACCUGUCGUUCCCAUGGUCGGUUCACACGAAAUUAGAAGGUACAAUUGACCGGUUAUGAUGAGACCCGCCUAGCUGUGUCUAGGAGCAGAAAUACUACAUACACCUUUACAAAAGUCAGCACCAAAAAGAGUAGUAAGAUGUCCAAUAAUUUAUGCGAUCUGGAUGGCCGGGGCCGAGACUGGCUGGACGCAAUUUCCCUUUACUUGAACACCGAAUCCGUACAGGAUCGCGUUCUUGUUUCACAGGCUGCAGAUGUGUCCACAGAGGGUACAGUGCAGGGUGAUGCUCUAGGUCUAGGUAGUGCACCUCAGUACCAAGAAGGCCCUGCCGCCACUUACAUGACGAAACCGGUGAUGCAUCACCCUAUUGUUACUCCAACCGCGACUACAACAACAUUGCCGGUCUACGAAAAGCAUCACAUGGCACCGGGGACAACGCAACUACCUCACUAUGCGAGUCCUUUUUAUUUGAAGACCACUGGCUGCUCGCUCACACCGCAUGAUGAUUUUAGCCUAUCGUCCUCGUCGACCUGUUAUUUCGAUGUGGGCCCAGCUGAUGCUGUCCCGGAUGGCUGUAUUUCCUCAUUUCAUGAGAAAAAGCAAGUUAUGGGAAACGUGGUACGAUUGAAUACGGAAGAAGCGAUUCCGCGACGCGCAUUACUUUUUUCAUGCUCACCCGAACCUUCGGCUGAAAACAUGCAACAAGAUACGUCGUCAGUAAAGAUCAACUCGAUUCUAAAACCAAAACGCCAGCGGACGCUGUUUAACAAAGAACAGAAUGGCAUAUUCGCGGAGGAAUUUUCCAAGUGCCAAAAUCCGAGGCGUACUGAGCUAGAGAGGAUAGCGAAACGAGCCGGCGUUACUCUGGAAACAGCGAGAAUGAAAUAUAAAAAUCUUCGAGCCAAGCUCAAGAAACAGCGAAAUACUUAGCAAACUCCGCCAGUCACAAAGCAACAAGUUCAUAUCGUAAUACAUCCAUCCGCUGAUCAGAGCUCAGCAAAGGAGCCAUAUAACUGUAGUCCAUUGUCACCAACGUCAUUCCGCUCCCAUCAGGCCCGACCAGCAAUGCGAUUCAAGGCUCAAUUCAUAGCGUUCAAAAGCUCCCGCCGAUAACACUUACUGUGCGUGAUUCAACAGUCGCACCAGAGGGCAAUUUCAUGUUCGGAUAGCAACAAAACUUGCAGCAACAAGAAAAUGCAAUGCCCCAGCAUCAGGGGCACAUGCAAUGCUCCACCCUGACCGUCGGAAACUCUACCGUACACAGAUUUUUCCGCUAAUGUACGGAAUCAUAGACAGCAAAUCUGUCACUGAAUAAUUAAAGAGAUCUAGGUAGACGGUUCGCCGAAACCGCCUGACGACUCCUAUGACAGCCAUGUACAGUUGACUAAAGUUCCACUUCUAAUGGUUCAGAAUUGUCGUACUCAUAACAAUUAAAACUUAUGUCUUGAAAACAAUAUAGUCCAAGUCUGCAUAGGCGGUAAACAAUAGCUUCGGGGUUAUCUCAUGAUCGAAAAGAGGUAUCUUGGCCAAGUAAUGAAGUUACAGUUUACAAGCGAAGUAAUAAUACAUUUAUAUUUGUACAAAUAUAGCAAGUGCAAUGACUCGAGCUUUUCUGGCACAUAACCCAGACUAUUUUCGCUGCAAUAUUUUGUAAUUAAUGUACUUUAAUUACAUAUGUGUCCACGUAUUUAGUGCGUAGCCAGAAGCACACAUACUGUGUAGACUGCCAUGUUCCGGAUGAAGCGAAAGAUAAAUUGAUCUAAGGAAGAAAACAAAAAAAAAAAUAUUCUUGUAAUGUGUGUCUCCAUUAGUUUUUGACUACAUUAGACUAGAUAGGGUUAAUGCAAGAGAAGAUUACACGUCAAAUCUGGUAACUGUCUUGGAGUAUUUGAGACACGGUUGAAAGAAAAAUCACCGAACUGGCUCUAUAUAUUGGUUAGUAAAACACAGGCUGAAACGAGCAGGCGUGCUUGGAUUUCGGUGUUAGUUCUGUGCCUGAUACAACCUGGGUCUCGCGUGUGCCUCUAUUUCUGUUUGGCAGGUAUGAUGAGAAAUGGUAAAUAGCCAAACUAGCCAAAAAUAUGAGAAGACCUGAAUCUGUCUGUAAGUUAAGGUGCGGCCACACUGCUCAAACCCCUUAAUGUGUCUGUAAACUAAUGAAAAAGUUAUUAAUUUAGCGGAAUUGUGUCCACCUCUUCUUGUGUCAUAUAAUGUAUAUAUUGACUUCAAGGAACUUCAAUCUCAAGUUCAGUUUAACCGCAUCGUUACAUCUAAAAUACAAAGUGUCCAUAUGCACCAAUGUAUAAUAAUUGCUAUUGUUAGUACCAUUAUUUACAUCACUUCGCUUCCUUAAUUCAUUGCAUUUACUAUUAAUAUACCAAUAUUUCGGUCAAGAGCUUUAACCGGUAACUCAUGGCUCUCUGAUGUUGACCAAGAGUCCUAUGAGUUCUAGAGCGCUACCGAAGUAGCUUUAGUACAAACCGAAAUUUAGGCUAAGGCGCAGAAUACACGAUCGAUCAAUCAAAACACAUCUAUAUCUAUCUAAUUCGCAUCAUCAUGAAGGUGUUUUUUUUAGCUUUUGAUACAUAAAGUGGAAGUAACACAAAAUGAUUAUAUGAAAGCAACCUAGAAAAUAAAUAAGCUAGUUUUUUUUUUCUUUUCUAUAAAGGCGCAACUUAAAGCCGUUGCCCUAUACAAGAAUUAAAAACAGGACCUAUGUUGUACUCAUUGACUGAGUGGACCCAAAGCAACAACAGUUCUGUGCAUAUUAGAUGAAGUAACUUUGAGCUCUGCGAUACUAUGUAACUAACUGCAUUAACGAAAUAAGGCAAAGAUAUAAGGCUGGUAUGCUUCGUUACGUACCCCCUGUAUACAACUCUAUUGCACAAUGUAGUGCAAUGAGAAUUUUUUAU